AGGUUAUCCAAUCAUAGGUUCCCUGCAGUGCACACAAUCACUGGCGCCCCUUACAAGUUUACCUCAAAUACACUUAAGAUUUGAUCGUCUACAUGAAUUGUGGGUGAGUAUUUUAUGUAAUAACUCGACACUGUUCCGCAAAACUGUGGGAGGUUUGUAACCUCAGGAGUUUGAACUGAUCUAAAUGGAUAAUAUAUUCAAUAAGGGAGAAGUGACUAAUCUGCAGCAGGAUAUCCUGCUGUGAAAGUCAUCAUAAAUUGGAGGUAUUCAUUUAACUUUGAAAUCAGACCAUAAAGGAAUGGACUCAUUCAUCAAUGCUUAUGUUGAUUCACUCCAAAUCCUUCCUUUGGAGAUGCAAUCUAAAAUUACUGGAUACUUACAAUCAGACCUGCAACAUCGUCAUCUUUUAACGCUUACGAAGCAAACUUUGAAUGAUCUGCAAAAAGCUACAGAUACCGAUGCUCAACAAAAUCAUCUGAGUCGGGUUAUUUGUCUCUUGGCUGCUAUCCAAAAUAUAUGUGAUCGUAGAAUCAGUGAUCUGGAUGAAUUAGAUGAAGUGAUUGAAACACACUCACUCACACUGAUGAACGCGAAAAUGAAAGUGGAUACGAUUGGUCCGCAAAUUAGUGCUUUAAACACAGAAGAUGUCCUGGAAAGUGAAGCUGAUAUCAGCGACCAGGAAACUUCCGAUCACCAGUGUAAUAUGAAUCCAUUACGACGUAAUUUCAUUCAAGAACCGAUUUCCGAUAAGUGUUCCACGAAUUCUUUAUCAAAUGCACGAUGUAAUGACAUAAAUUUACGAGGUAAGGGACGUUUUCCCCUACGUGCAGUUAGCACAAACAGUCGAACAGCUUCACGACGGUCAUUGAAUAAAUGGGUUUCUGGUGUGCAUCGUUUCAAACCUGUUAACUCAGUUGUCAAUUCAAACACCAACUUGUUAAAGUCACACAAUAACUCCAAUCAUAAAACAACAAACAGAACACCCAUAGAUCUUAAGCAGCAUAAGGUAGGUGUGACCUAUGGACGUUAUCCUAGGACCCAGCAACAGAGAUUCAAAAGUCGUGUAUUAUCAAGACCACUUCAUUCAAAUCGCACCAGACCUCCCCAAUAUCUAGAGUAUGCUAUGCUCAGACACGGAUCUCGUAAGAGAAAGGUUGCAGUUUCAAAAUAUACUAGUUCAGACACCCCACACAACUGUAAUGAAGCAAUAUAUAUGGGUGUUGUAAGACGCCGCUGUGAACAUGGCCAUCCUAGUUUUUAUGCCGAUAAUAGUUGUUUCGACUCACCGGUCAAGUCUGUGAGUGAGCUGAAUAAUGAAGAAGGUAAAGUAGAAGAGAGAGAUGCGUACACGCUACUUAGUUUAAAAAGCCCUAGGAGGUUAGGAGAAAGGUCUUCUGACUGGAAUAACAAUUACAGUGAAAACGAAAACUCAGAAGAUGUAGACUGUGGAGAUGGCAUCGGUCAUAGUGCAUAUGGUGUUGAUAGCGAUCAAAAUUGUCCUCAAGAACAGCAGAACAUUAGAACACCAGCUAAUCAGCUGCCAAUUUUGCAGAAUGGUGACACAGGUCGCCAAAAGAUGUAUCGACUUCGAAGAGGUCUAAAUAACACUACACAAUCUAGCCACUCACAGCGAGCGAAUUCUAUUGCUCCAUCUUUAUCACCGGAGCAUUCUAUCAACCGUGGUUCUUUAUCAUCUCAAAAUCAUCCUCAAGGCAACACUAGACGAGGUUGUAGGACCAAUAACGUUGCACGACAUAAGAUGGACUCUCAAAUGAAUACACGCUCUCCACCAGGCAGUCCAUUCAGAUAUAGUACUCAUACUGAUGAUGUGAAUCUAUUUCGACACAAAAUAAAUUCAGUAAGUACUCCUAAUCGUAGUAUAAGUGAAGCAAGUGCUAGUCCUGAUGAACGUUUGUAUUGUAUCUGCAAAAAGGUGUCGUUUGGUGAUAUGAUAGCUUGUGAUAACAAGUUUUGUGAGGUUGAAUGGUUCCACUUUUCAUGUGUAGAUGUUCGAGUGCAACCUAAGGGUAAAUGGUACUGUCCCUACUGUCGAGGAGAAUCUUCAAGGAUAAAACGAUCUGAUGCUUGAUAAGCUUUUGUGGAUAAACAUACUUCAUAUAUUGUCCAAAAGUGUACAUUUCAAAAAGUCAUGUUUGGACUUGUAUUGUGCUUUUAUUAUUAUUUCUUCAAACACGUCUAUGAAUCAGGCUUCGCCAAACCUUCUAUAACUUUUCUUGUUUCCAGUAACUUGGAACGAGCCUUUUGAUAUGCUUCUAGAUUGUGAAUUCAAACAUAUACAUAAUAAAACACAACUUACUUAUUACAGUUGAAACAUCCAUAUGUGCAAGCGCUAUCCUAUAAAAAGGAAAUUCAUUAUGAAUUUCUCAAAUACGACAUACCGCUUUCGCUUUUCAUCUCCAAUGGUUGGACAUUGGCUCAUGACUUUGUACAAAUUUGACCUGAAAGUUUAUAAAAGUACCAUUUCACUUUUUUUAAUGAUGAAAACUUCGUAACUUUUUUCUUAAAAUGUAUAAAUGUAUUACAACGCAUAUUUUGAUUAAAUUAUAAAGUACUAAUUGACUCUUCUCUGGUAAAUUGCUGUCUUUCAUAGUUUUUAAUGUAGUGUGGCUAGAUUAUAAGCUAUCAAUUGUUCUACGUAAAUCAUAAUUCUGUAUACAGCUGUUGGAAGUACACAAUACUAUGAAUUUUUUCUAGAAGAAACGGUGCAGUAUGUUUUUAAUUGAUGAUAUUUCCCCUGAAUUUACCAACAUUCAGAGGUAAUAUCUAAGUAAAACGCUUCCCAAUUAAAACACAGCGCCCUCUAUACGUGAACUUUUAGAGGCGUAUUAGGAGUAAAUAUUACGCCCGACAGAUGUUUUGUAAAAAGUAAAAGAUUAAUGCUAACAAGUUUUGGACGUAGUAUAAAACUAACCAUGACAUAAAUCUUUGUAUUCCUUUACAUGUUUAAGUGCCUAGGAUUAUUUUAUUUUCUUAGACAAGGCAAGAUGUCAAUGAUAUAAUAAAAUGUUUUUGACAAAGGUGUAAUCACCCAACCAAGAUAUUUUAAAUGGAGGUUGGGGAAUUAACCACUUAACCGGUAAGACAGAACUAAUUCGAGACAAAUAUAUUGACCGAAGUUUAUUUUACAGUCAGAUAUUCAAUUGUUUAUUGAAUAUUGAACUAACAGAAUUAAAUUUCACUUUAUCAUACCACAUGGAUAUUGCAAUUUGAACCAAAUACUAAGACAGUAUGAAGUAGAAAUAGCUUACAGGUCAGCACAAUCAUUUCAUUCAAUAUUGUGACAUGAAAAGAAAGUUGGAAUUUCAAGUCAAUAAAAAUGAUCAAUAGAGAUCAAAAUUAACAACCAGUAACGACUCUGGUCGCCAGAAGAUACAAUUAUACAUCGUUCACAGAGAGUUUAAGUGUUGUUUAGAAGGACGACGAAAGCUUGGUAAGAAAAUCAACCAGCUCCCAAGAGAACAAUUAUUUCAAACGAAUUCCUAAUUUCCUCAUUUUUAAUUUGAUUCGUCUCACACUUUAACGCUUACUCGCACCACUCACUUUCGUACUAACUAGUGUUGUGUUAAUAUCUGUAUGACGAUAUAUCUUUAUAUUUUUAUAAAUACUUUUAAAGAGCACUUUUCUGCUUCCAACUGUAAGUCAAAUAGUUCUUCUGGACAGUUGUAAACAAUUAAGAGUGAUUUCAUACAUUUAUUCCCCUUAAUGAAUUUGAACAAUGCUAUGUAAGCAGCUGACGAGAAGGCGACGAAAUAAAAGAUGGUACCAUUUUAUUCUGCUAAAACUGUAGUUCUUGCAUUGUUCAAAUUAAGAGUGAUUUUUGCCUUGUUUUUUUUUUCGGUACCUACAGGCUAGGCCCGGUCUCUAUAAUACUCAUCCACCGACAUAAGCUGAUAUUCCGCAUUUUGCUGAGCCAUCUUUCCAUUAUUUAAGUAGAAUAUGAACAAAAUAACCUCAGUAUAUUUGAAUGUCUUAGGCAAAAAGCUAAGUUUGUUUGAUACAUUAGAUGAAAACAAAGGCAAUAAGAUCCUAUCAGUUAAGUCGAACUUUUCUGAUUAUGGAAGUUUGGAAAUUAAUAAAGAACAUACUGCCACAACGUGAUCAUAGUACUUCUUGCAAAUAUAUGGUUUGAGUGUGUCAGUUGGAUUUUUCACUGUCUUUAGAGUUACUAAUUUCCUGAUAAAGUAUUUAGCACUUUAAUAAUUUUCAUAAGACUGAACAAAGAGUACUCUUUUCG